AUGGAGGGCACCAACGGCAUCCGGAGGGCGUCCAUCGACAAGCUGAACAAGUAUGAGGAGCUUGGUCCAUGGGGAAUAGCAGGUGGCAAACCUGGCGACAUCAACAGAAAUCCCCAACGCCUUGUGAGGAUCAGCAUCUGCAUCACAGAAUGCAUCAGUGCCCUCGAAUUCAUGUACGAUGACCAGGAUGGCCAAACUACCAAAGUCGGCACCUGGGGCGCGUACAACUACGACAGCGGAUGGACCACACAUAUUGACAUCAAACCUGGCGAGCACGUGAACCAUGUGAGUGGUACCACAAACAAGAAAGGGGUGAGUUCAUUGAAAAUCAUAACAAGCUACCGGAACGAGUACGGGCCGUACGGCAAUCAAGACAGCACGGAGUUCAGCUUGCCUUUACGGCAGGGGAGAUGCGAGGUGGUGGCCUUCUUCUGCAAUUAUGGUGCAACCCUCGAGUCUCUAGGUGUGUACGUUCGUCCGAGGAAGACGGGGUCCCUUGUCCAGGUAGGUCCAUGGGGUGGGCAUGGCGGCAACUCCACAGACCUCGUAAGAGCCAAUAUGCCGAAUCGGCUGCAGCGCAUCACCAUCCACGGCGGCGAGAGGUCCGGCGAGCGCAUCUACGGCUUCUCCUACGCUUACAUCGACAAGAAGGGCAAAAAAAUCGAAGUGGGCCCCUGGGGUUCCACGACCAAAGGGCGGAAGCGUGAGUUCACCAUGAAUGGUGAUAACUACAUCAACUUCAUCAGUGGCACACACGAUGAAUACGGCAUCACCUCGCUCAUGUUCAUCGACUUCAACGAAGACGUUCACGGCCCGUACGGCUGCGCGGCGGGGCACGCAUUUAGCCUGCAGCUACCCGAGGACGGGGCUGCCGUCAGCUUCUUCGGCCGCGCCGGCACCAACAGCCUUGUCGGCUUCGGUGCCUACGUGGCCCUACAAGAUGACUAG